CCAUCUUUGUCUCUCUUCUACUCAAUCAGAGCACAUAUGCAGAAAUCUUCUUGCGAUUCUUUUUUGUUCUUUAAGCUUAGUUGUAUGCACUAAGAGAAGAAACAAUCAAUGGCACCAGAGGAGAAUAGCACCUGUGAGCCUUGCCAAACGUUCGGGCAAAAGUGCAGUCAUGUCGUGAAGAAACAAAGAACCAAGUUUUAUAUUCUUCGCCGUUGCAUCGCUAUGUUAGUCUGCUGGCGUGACAACAACCACGACCCAAACGACUCUUGAUUGUUGUUUUCGGAUAAAUUGUUUUCAUUUUCUAAUUAAUUAGCAUUAUUCUGCUUUUAUUAUAUUUUCCGCUCAAAAGACAUGUAAUUUAGUAGAUUCUUGCACGUACUUAUUGUGUCAUUAUCUGAAUCCAAAAUCCACAUAAUGCAUGCAAACGUUUUUUUUUUGGUUAUCUUAGGCCCUCAUCUUCAUAUUUCUAAAAUGAUAUAUACAUAUAUCUGUCUGUGUAACCUGGAAAGGUUAAACCGUGUGUUUGUUUUGUUAGUUCCAGUGGCCAAUGGGUAGCUUUUGCAUACGUUUCGCGUGCAACUUCUUUUUUGGAUUUAAGCAAAAAAAACUUCUUUUGGGUUAAAACAUAUUUUUGGUUGCAACUUCAUAUAAUAUUAUGUUUAAAAUUAGUGAUAUGUGUUCCAGAUUUUUAAUAACAAGAAUUGUUGUUUAACCAUUUCAAUUUAAUUUAAGAGUUCUUUGCAAAUUUAUUAUUUUGAGGUUUUUCUGCAAAAUUUUCCAUCAUAAUCUACAGUUGGACAAAAACCAGUGACGUGUUUUCUGCCAAAGCAAUCAGCCUGAAGCCAUCAAGUACCGGAAAUAGAGGAAACGUGGAAAAAUUCUCGCCUUUUGUGUUUUUAGUCUUUUAUUUUGUUUAAUUUUUUGGCCUUUUUUGCUCUUUUUAUUUUUCUUUUCUUCAUUUUUGUUAAUUUAAAGCCAAGGAUUAAUUAAAUGUUUGUAUGUUAAAUCACUGAAUAAGAAUAAAAAUAGAAGCUAUCAUA